GGGCGGUGCGGGGAGGGCCUGGGGCGCUGUUUGUUGUCAUCCCAAGAUGGAGUUUCUGCUGGGGAACCCGUUCAGCACCCCAGUGGGGCAGAGCCUCGAAAAGGCCACAGAUGGCUCUCUGCAGAGUGAGGACUGGACACUCAACAUGGAGAUCUGUGACAUUAUCAACGAGACAGAAGAAGGUCCCAAGGAUGCCAUUCGGGCGCUGAAGAAGAGGCUGAAUGGAAACAAAAAUUACAGAGAGGUCAUGCUGGCGCUGACGGUGUUGGAGACCUGUGUGAAGAACUGUGGCCAUCGCUUUCAUGUCUUAGUGGCAAACCGUGACUUCAUCGAUGGUGUUCUGGUGAAAAUCAUCUCGCCCAAGAAUAAUCCCCCUACUAUUGUACAGGAUAAAGUACUAGCGCUGAUCCAGGCUUGGGCUGAUGCCUUUCGAAGUAGCCCUGAUUUAACUGGAGUAGUGCAUAUUUAUGAAGAACUGAAGAGGAAAGGCAUAGAGUUCCCCAUGGCAGAUCUUGAUGCUCUGUCUCCAAUCCACACACCACAGAGGAGUGUUCCUGAAGUUGAUCCUGCAGCAAAUAUGCACAAUUCACAGUCUCAGCAAAGGAUGAGCACCAGUUCUUACUCUUCAUCUUCUCCAACGGCGUAUUCUGCUCCUCAGGCCCCAGCUCUGAAUGUGACUGGUCCCAUCACCGCUAAUUCUGAACAGAUUGCCCGGCUGCGCAGUGAACUGGAUAUUGUUCGUGGGAAUACAAAAGUGAUGUCUGAAAUGCUGACAGAAAUGGUACCUGGACAAGAGGAUUCCUCAGACCUUGAGUUACUCCAGGAACUGAACCGAACCUGUAGAGCUAUGCAGCAGAGAAUUGUGGAGCUUAUCUCACGAGUGUCCAAUGAAGAAGUCACAGAGGAAUUGCUGCAUGUGAACGAUGAUCUAAAUAACGUCUUCCUCCGAUACGAAAGAUUUGAACGAUACAGGUCGGGACGCUCAACACAAAAUGCCAGCAAUGGAGUACUGAAUGAGGUGACAGAAGAUAACUUAAUAGAUUUGGGUCCUGGCUCUCCAGCCGUGGUGAGCCCAAUGGUGGGAAACUCAGCACCUCAGUCAUCACUUUCUUCACAGCUUGCAGGGCUUGAGUUGGGUACAAACAACGUCAGUGGCACACUCAGCAAUCUACAGCACUGUAAUCCUCGUGAUGACUUCGACAUGUUUGCACAGACGAGAGGCAGUUCCUUGGCUGAGCAGCGAAAGAACGUGACGUAUGAAGAUCCACAGGCUGUCAAAGGACUGGCGUCUGCCCUGGAUGUUCGAAAACAGAACACAGGAGGGAGGAGAGGUAAAGGUGGGAACUCAGACAUGGAGCCCAUAGACAAGUGGCUAAUUACACAAGGAAUGAUCCCUGUUGCACAGUCCUCUGUCAUGGAUGACAUUGAGGAGUGGCUCAGUACCGACUUGAAAGGAGAUGAACUGGAAGAAGGAGUGACCAGUGAAGAGUUUGACAAAUUUUUAGAAGAGCGAGCCAAAGCGGCGGAGAUGGUUCCCAAUCUGCCAUCCCCUCCUCUGGAAGCCCCUACCCCUCCGACAAAUCCUUCCAGCAGGAAAAAGCAAGAGCGCUCAGAGGAUGCCCUCUUUGCACUGUGAAGAUUGUUCCUAGCUGCCCUCUCACCCCCGUGCUCGGCAGGCGAAUGUCGCUGUACGGCCACUUCGUCUUCUCACAGUACUUGGCUAACAACGACCCCGUUCCCCCUCAUCUCAUAGAUUGCUUUUCCUUCUUCCCCUCCCCAAACAACCCACCCCCACAAAGCUGACUCUUUCUAUUUAAAUCCAACACUAUUCCUGCCAGACCACGAUUCUCCAGCACUCGCUUAAUCCCCUCCUUCCUAUCCCAGCUGCACAAAACCAGCUCUUGAUGCCGAAAACCCCUUUAGAAUGCAUGAGUACGUCACACUGUGUUGAAACAAAAGACCAGAGGGGAGAGAGCAGCCUUGCCCUUCAAUUUAUGUAGGGAUCAUCCUCUUCCGUAGGCAGGUCCUGCCAAGUAGACUGCUCUGUCGAUCAGCAUGUAAUUGACUGAGCUGGAAUGUUCAGGAGGAACGUGUCUUUAUUUUUAGAUAAAAUGUUAAUGUAUUGGCUUUCGUGUCGGAUUCGGCAGCAAGGAACAACUGUUCCCCUUUCAACAUGUGCUUCACAAGUUAAAAUCCUUUGCUCUUCCCACUCACACAUCUCCUGGUACCAUAUGAUGGUCGCUUUUCCUCAGUUUGUGCGGCAUUUCAUAAUCUGGAUCUCACAGGGUAAUUUUUCCCUUGUGUUUUAUCUGGGCUUGCUCUAAUUUUAAAGCAGUCUGUUGGCCAUGGCCAGUAGCUCUGGCAGUUGACAGGAACGAAAAACGCUGAGCUAAAUGGAUGCUGUAACGUUAGCGCAUGAAGCAUUUUGCUCUUUGGGAGAGCAUUCUCACACGAGGAUUUUUUCUAGUGUGUUUGCUUUUAAAAUAGCUAGGUUAUUUUUUCCUUACCUUAGAUUCCUUCUUCAGUGACUGUAGAGCUCUGCAUUUGUCUCAGCUGUUCUAAAGAACAUCCCUGCAGAUGGAUGAGACUUGCCCAUGGGCUGGGUGUGACCUGAUGUUCCUGCAUUCCCUGCCGUGCCUGGUAGGAUAGACAUGCUGGUUCUUGGUGGUAGGUAUGAGAAGAAGAGGCAAACCUCACAGAGCUUGUAGGAGAACGCAGAGGGAAAUGGUUACCAUGGAGGGAUCAGCCAUCCCUGCCUGCGCUGGAGGUGAAACUCCUCAUUUCCUUCUAGGUUUGGGCCUGAGAAAGUGUUGGAUGAUUGUGGCUGAGCUGUCUGUAAUUUUUGGCGUGUCCUUCGAUACCGCUGCCACUUUAUUGACUCCCAGCUCCUGCGGGGCUGCAGUCUCCCUCCUGUCUGUGCAAACAAGUGUAUUCCCUUGCUUGCCAGAAGCAUGGCCGAGAGUGCUGCUCUUCCUGGAGCUGCCAGAAGGGAUUCCAGCAUCUGUGCCUGCCUUGCUGGGCUGACAGGCAGAGCUGGAGCAGGCAGCUCCAGCCAUCGCUGCAUCCCCCAGCAUGUUCCUUGGUGGGAAGUCGAUGGUGCAAGAUGGCAGGAUCAAACCGCGAGCUUGAACACUUCAUGGCAGGGAGAAUCUCCUGCUCUGACAGGGAGACCCUUUAUCAGAUGAAUGCCUGUGCAGGCAGCAGUGCUCCAGCCCCUCUUCCUCGAGGCUCUCGAUGUCUCAGGCAGGCAGCCACUUUGUUCUGACUUGGUGUGUCUGAGCUUCCUGGGAUGCUGAUGGGUGUCAAGCUCUUUCAGAAGUUGUUCUGGACCAAGAAGCUGCGCUAUAAACUGCUAAUGUGAAAGUGGUAGAAGCUUUUGUCUGAGCAUAGUUAUUUCAGCUCAUAGCAUACUUUCUAGGGAAUGCCACGCUUUGGUAGGUUGUGACACGUAAAACCUUUUACCAAAUGGCCCAGUUGCAGCACUGAUGGUCUUUGAGAGUGGUCACAUUAAUCUUCA